AUGUUAUCUUCUAAUAAUUAGGAUGAAGCAAUGUUAUCAGAAAGAAAUGAAUAAGAAUUAUUCCAAAGCGAUUCCUCUUCCGAAGCGAAUGAAUCUGAGAAUUAACUGGAUGAGGAGAAUGAAAAUGAUAAAAUUGAACCUGAAAAUCCUUCAUUUUAAGAACAGUAGCCUUUGUUGAAAGAUGAGCAUAAAAAGAAGGAAAUCAAAGAAACAUGCUUAGAGAAACUUAAGGGAUAUAUUGGGUUUGGAAAUUUUUUAACUAGCUAAAAAAUAGGUUAUGUGUUUUUUAUUCCAAUUUCAAGCAAAUGGACUUUUAAAAUGCAAGUCAUCAUAACAUAAUUAAUUAUAGCAACAGUCUCACUUGGAGUAUUUUUUGGUAUUAGAUUUCUCGGCUAAGAUAUAUUUAAAAAUAUUAUUUAAGAUUGGUCGAAGAAUAAUUUUGCUAAAUUGUAAUAAGAACAAAUUCAAUAAGUUUCUGAACAGUUCAUUACUCUUUGCUAAGUUACUUUGAUGAAUGAAAUUUAAUUUGCUUAAGUCAUGAAUGAAGUUUUUUAAUAAAGAGUAAUUUAAUGGAAUGAAGAUCAACUUAUUUCAAUGGAGUAAGAUUUGGACGAAUAUGCUAAAUUCUAUUAAUAUGCUUCAAUUAUUGAUUAUGCAACAUAGAGUUAUUCAACUUACAUGUUUUUAAAUUAGACAAUUUUAUCUUACAGUGAACUUUCAUAUUAUCUAAGUACGAAUUACUUAAUGAAAUACAAUUACGUAACUUUAACCUGCUCAUUUUUCUGGAUUUUCCAAAAUGGCUUGAUGGUUCAAUACCCAGGAAUUAAUGUUACAGAUAUUCAACAAUUCAGAAAUUAUAGGAAAAAUAUAGAUCUUCUACAUAAAGAAACUUCAGAAUUUGUUUUUGAUGAUGUUCUAUAAAACUUUGUCCAAAGAUCUAUUUAUCCAAUAAAGAAUUCUAUCAAUUAAACUAUUGGUAAUGUAUUUAUUGAAAGACUACCAUAAAACUUUAAGGAUUUAUUUAUGUUAUUUGCCACGAGUGAUUUGCUCAAUUAUACAAUUAUUAUAUCAAACAAUGAUGGAAGCAUUGUAUACUAAAGUUUACAGACUUCUAAUUUCACAAUAAACAUCAUAAAAGAUUUAAUCGAAAAUUCUGACUCUAUAAAAGUUCAUGAUUUUAAAUUGGAAUAGGAUGGAAAUUCCGAAAAUCCUUAUAAAAUCUAUAAAGGAAUGAUAAAUGAUACCAUCCAUUCUAUAUCGAUCAUUAGACUAAACUUUAUAAUUAUUAUUGUAUAUCCAUAUACUUUGCUAGAAAAAUAAUUGCAAGACUAGGAGGAAGAGUUUUACACUUAUGAUAAGGAAUUUAACGAAAGAUAUUUAGCUGCCUGCAUUGCGGCUCCUCUUAUUUAUAUCAUUUUAGUGGUUUUCUUUUUAGUUCGAGAAAUUAAACCAUUAGAAGAAAUUACACAAUUAGCCUAAAUGUCUUUGAAAAAAUCGCAGGCUUUUGAUGAAAAAUCUUUGUCAAAUAUCAAAGGAAAUGGUUUAAUAUCUCAUUUAACUUCGUUAUUCAGUAAAUUAAUGUUAGAUUUGAACUAACUGAAACUAGAGAAGAAAAAGUAAAUUAUUGAUUUUUAUAAUUCAUAAACUUAUCCAAAAAAUAAUAAAGUCAAAAACGUGGAUGAAAUUCUUAAAGAGAUUGAAAAGAUAAAUAUCGAAUAAAUUUAAUCUUAAUCGCCUAUUCAAAUACCAAAUUAUGAAGAUUGA